AUGAACCUAAGCUUCUUCGACCAAUUUAUGAGCCCUGUAAUUUUAGGUAUUCCACUUAUCGCAAUCGCUAUACUUGAUCCCUUUACUCUUAUUUCCUGACCCAUCCAAUCAAAUGGCUUCAAUAACCGACUAAUCACCUUACAAUCAUGAUUCCUUCACAAUUUCACAACAAUUUUUUACCAAUUAACUUCACCUGGACAUAAGUGAGCCCUAUUAUUGACAUCAUUAAUACUUUUAUUAAUAUCUCUUAACCUAUUAGGUUUAUUACCUUACACCUUUACACCAACUACUCAACUAUCCUUAAACAUAGGCCUAGCAGUCCCAUUAUGAUUGGCAACAGUAAUCAUGGCCUCGAAACCAACCAACUAUGCACUAGGACAUCUACUUCCUGAAGGAACACCAACACCAUUAAUUCCAGUUCUUAUUAUUAUCGAAACAAUUAGCCUAUUUAUUCGACCAUUAGCCCUUGGAGUUCGACUUACUGCUAAUUUAACAGCUGGACAUUUAUUAAUUCAACUAAUUGCCACCGCAGCCUUUGUUUUACUUUCUAUUAUACCAACUGUUGCUAUCCUCACAUCAAUUGUUCUUUUUCUCCUAACACUUCUAGAAAUCGCUGUAGCAAUAAUCCAAGCAUACGUAUUCGUCUUACUAUUAAGCCUUUAUCUACAAGAAAACGUCUAA